AUGGCCACGGUACCUGAACCUGCCAAGGAAGUGACGGCUAACAAUGGUGACAACAAUAAUGACCUGUUAUUUGAGGCUGAUGGCCCCAAAGAGAUGAAGUGCCGCACCCAAAACCUUGACCUCAGCCCUCUGGGAGAUGGGAGCAUCCAGCUGCAAAUCUCCCACCAGCUCUGCAACGAGAGCUCCAGGCCGAUGGUGUCUGUGAUUGUGGCAAAGGAGAAGCCGAUGAAUCCCUCCUCCCAGGUUGUCUGCGAUGAUGACCCAAAGAGCAUCUUUUCAUCUGUCUUUGAAGAAGAGCCCAUCGUCCUUGAAAAGCAUGCCAAUGGUUUUCUCUGUGAUGCCACCCCCGUGCAGUCCGUGGACUGCAAACUCCAGGACAAAGAUGAAAAAGCCCUGGUGCUGGCUGGCCCACAUGAGCUGAAGGCUCUCCACCUCCUCAAAGGGGACUUGAAGAGAGAAGUGGUGUUCUGCAUGAGCUUUGUGCAAGGAGAUGACAGCGAUGACAAGAUACCUGUGACCUUAGGGAUCAAGGGAAAGAAUCUGUACCUGUCUUGUGUGAUGAAAGAUGACACACCCACCCUGCAGCUGGAGGAUGUAGACCCCAACAGUUACCCGAAGAGGGACAUGGAAAAGCGAUUUGUCUUCUACAGGACAGAAAUCAAGAACAGAGUUGAAUUCGAGUCUGCCCUGUACCCCAACUGGUACAUCAGCACCUCUCAAGCAGAACAAAAGCCCGUCUUCCUGGGAAACUCCAAAGGCCGCCAAGAUAUAACUGACUUCACCAUGGAAGUCCUCUCUCCCUAAGGAAAGCCAUACCCAGAGGGUCCACAUGGGCUGAAGAACCCCGGAGGCUGGCAGAAGGGGACUGGAAAAGUUGGUACAUGGUUGCUGCCUGAAUUUCACUAUUGUCUAAUCGAUGCCCAGCUGUCUUCCCUAGAUUAGUGCUAAGGAAAUCCCCCUGCCCCCCAGUGAGGAGGAACAGCCCCCUCCUCUCCAAGUCCAUGCACAGACCCCAUCCUCUAAGCCAGCCUUCUCUCACCCCUUCUCCUCACUCAAAGCCAGCCU